CUUAAGCCAAACGCUUAUCUCCGACCGUGAUUAUCAAUGUCGCAUGAUAUGUAUGCGCCUUCACCCCUCCGCCGAUCUCUACUACUCUGAAUUUUUUGCGAGACGGUCUUUUACAUUGAGAAGAGUGCACAGUGCUAAUAUAAUAAUUGCUCAAAAUGCUUCCUCUGGCUUUAAACAUUCCCAAAUGGCUCGAGGCCAAUUCUCACCUUCUCCAACCACCAGUAAACAACUAUUGUGUCUACCACCCCUCCUCCCCGGCAACAGCCGGCUACACAGUGAUGAUCGUGGGCGGUCCCAACGCCCGCACGGACUAUCACAUUAAUACAACCCCAGAGUUCUUCUACCAGUAUCGAGGUUCAAUGCUUCUCAGAACUGUCGAUACAUCCGCUUCGCCCCCGGUGUUCCAAGACAUUCCCAUCCACGAGGGUUCGCUGUUCCUGCUACCCGCCAACACGCCUCACUGUCCGGUGCGGUUCAAGGAUACUGUGGGUGUUGUGAUGGAACAACCUAGAGCUGAAGGUGCGGUUGAUAUUCUGCGGUGGUACUGUAAGAACUGUGGAGAGAUUGUGUGGGAGAAGCGUUUUGUGUGUACGGACUUGGGAACGCAGGUGAAAGAAGUCGUUGAAGAAUUUGGCGCGGAUCAGGAAAAGCGGACGUGCAAGGCUUGCGGUACUGUUGCUGAAACGAAGUAUCAAGAGGGGGAAUUGGUACAGCCGCCCAGGUUCCUUGAGUAGUCGAUUUUUGGAAUGAUUCCCAGAGCAACUUGAUAACCGAUGUAAUAUGUAGAGUUUACGGGGUAUAUAUGAUGAUGAUAACGAUGAUGAUUACCUAUAAGCUGGUGAUUGAAUGUUAGUAAUAGACUAAAGGAGAAUAC